AUUUAUCCGUUUUUGACAUUUGUACGUCAACUAUGGCAGAAAAUUUGCAAAAACGGCCCCCAAAAGGGAUUUUGAAAAACUCCAGUAGCUUCGACAAACCCACGUCACAUUGUUCCCCCUCUCAGGCAAAGAAAGCCAAGGAGACGAAAUGGGACGAGAUGAACAUAAUCGCGACGUACCAUCCACCGGACAAAGAUUACGGCCAUAUGAAAGUCGACGAGCCUAAAACCCCUUUCAGUUACGAUAUAAAUGAUCAAAGUGGGGUUGACGGGUUAGACGCUACCGAAUUGGCGGAAAAGAUAAGGAUAGCUGCCAGUCAGCAACCCACAGUGAUGACAAUACCUGAUGAAGAAGAAUCGAGCAGUUCUGACGAUGAACAAAUAACUGAGGAGGCGAAACUGAAGCGGAAAGACUUUCUGGAAAAACGGAAACAGCACUACAACGAAGGCCAAGCCCUGCAGUUGGCAAAACAGCUGCUCGAAGAGGACGACGAGGAAGACGAUGCAGGCAGUUCAAAAAAAUAAUUUGAAUGAAGUAAAUAUAACUAAAUGUAACUAAAGUGAUACGUUUUUAAUGGUCUAGAUCGGGAAGACUUGCAGCAAAAGAUUGCAGCUUUUUUGGACAUGUAAAUUAGACAAAAUGGAAAUAACGUUAAGAAGUAAAAAUCUAACAAAACAAAUAAAUGUAUAUUUUUAAGUAAUAUCUGUGGAAAGUAGUGUGUGAAUGUGUGUUUGUUUAUUGUAAAAAUGAUAAAAAUAGUGGACUGUUUACUAUAAAAAGUCACUUUGACAUUUAAAUAAUGAUUGCUGUCAUCUACAUAACCUAAAUUAUUUGACAGUUGAAAAAAGGAAGUGUAUACAGCCACGUCGUUUUUACUAAAUAGAAGUGUAUAGUGUACAGUUUUAU